AUGCAGAGAGGGAGUUCACUAGCUCAAGACCUUAAAUGUUUGAUCAAUAACCCUCGUUAUAGUGAUAUCGAAAUAAACUGUGAAGAUGGUAUAGUUCUUCACGCGUCUAGAGUAAUAUUGGCAGCUCGUUCAGAAGUACUCGAUAGAAUGUUAUACAACGGAAUGAAAGAAUCUACACAAAAUGAAAUUUAUUUACCAAAAAUCAACUCUAAAGCAAUGCAAGUAGUUCUAGAGUUCUUAUAUACCGGUAGCAUAGGAGAAAAAACCUUGACUGGAAAAAACGCAAUUGAAGUAUUCCAUGCAUCUGAUUAUUUCAUGUUACCAGAUUUACAAGAUUAUGUGAUGAUUUAUAUAGAGAACUGUCACGACGAAAGUAAACACGACUCAAUUACAAGACUUUAUACAAAAUUUGUCGAGAUUAUGGGUCCAUUAACACACAAUGAAUUGUUCAAAAGAUUAUUUCAUCUAGUUGCUUCAACACCAUUGGACUACGUUAGUUACAACAUGUUUUCCGGCCAAUCGUUACAAGUUUUGUUGUCUCAUUCAUUAGAAAUGAAGGAUGAAUACUUUGCUACUUCAGAGUAUGGAGUAUUCCGAUACUUGGUUUUAUGGGGCGCAAAUCAAGUAUCACGUAAUGCCGUGACUCUUUUCCAGUUUUUAUUACCUUCUGCCGAAUCAAUUUUGGCUGGUGGAAGUUUUAAUAUUAGGAAAGAAAAAAAACAUAGUCGCCGUCGUCAUCGUGAUCAUCAGAAUUAUUACCAAGGUAAUGGCAGUGACGUUGAUGAUAAUGACAACGAGGAUGACGAUCUUGCUAUUAAAGAAUCAAAUAAACAUCAAAUUAAAGAAUCAUUGAGAACUGCUAUUAUUGAUAUUAUAUCAUCUACUCUACCAUUCAUUGAUUUUAGAUUAUUUGAUCCGGACGUUUUGGUAAAUGUGAUUGAACCAUUAGAUAUAAUCCCAUCAAAUAUUUUAUAUCAGGCAUAUCGCUAUCACUCAACAAGAAAAAUGCCCAAAAACACAACUAGAGGUCUUGCUCCACCAUUAAGAUGGGAUAGAAAUAAGCAAUACGAACCAUUUAUACGUCAUACCGGUGAUAAUGACACCUUGAUUAUUUCUAAAAAUCAAUCACAUUUAGUAUUUAAAACAACUCAAGGUUUUAAAAAUGGUUACCACAAAUGGGAUAUAAUUGUGGAAGAGUCAUUUGAACAGACAGUUUACAUUGGUGUUUGCGGCACAGAUAUUGAUCAUUUACAAUUCCUUGGUAAUCAGAAACACGGUUGGGUUUUUGGAUCGGAUGGUACCAUUUAUCAUGACGGGGAAAGUUAUUAUUAUGGAGAACCUUUUGAUGAUCUAUCAAAAAUCACUGUUCAUCUGGACAUGAACAAAAGAACUUUGGCCUUUUCUAUUGACGGCGAUUAUUUUGGUAUUGCUUUUACCAAUAUUCCAUCAAAGGUUUAUCCCGCUAUUUCAUUAACGGAUAGAGCACAAUUUAAAAUUAGAGAACACAAAUAA